AUGAGCGAGCAAGAAACAAAGAUUGAGGCUGCGGUGGCGGUAGAGCCCACUGUCACUGCCGAAGUUGAGAAGCCUCAGGAGGAUACCAAGGUGGAAGACGCUCCUGCUGCGCCUAGCGGUGAGACUGCAGAGCAGUCUGAGCAAGCCCCGUCAGAAGACACCAAGGAGCAACCCGAGGUCGAGACAGUAGACGCCGUCGAGAAUACCGAGAGCGCAACAACAGAGAGCUCUGACAAUAUCCUGAAGACUACGGCCAAGCACUCUCAGGAUGGUUCCAAAAACACAAAGUUUGACCCGUCGGUGCUGCCCGAGUCAAACGACCCUAAUGAAAUCCGCAAGCAGGUUGAGUUCUACUUUAGCGAUAGCAAUCUUUCGCAAGACAAGUUCCUUUGGACGCAGGUUGGAGGUACCGAGAACAAGCCUAUGAAGCUUAGUGUCAUCCACAACUUUGGGCGCAUGCGGCGGUUCAAGUCCUACGAGGCUGUCGUCGCAGCUCUCCGCGAGAGCAAGGUGCUCGACGUUGCCGGCGAAGCAGGCGAGGAGACGAUCGUCCGCAAGAAUGCUUACGACCCGGCUCGUGGCAACAAGUCCAUGGUUUCGAGUGUCUAUGUGAAAGGGUUUGGCGAUGAGGAGCCUGACACACAGAUCAAGCUUGAGAAGUUCUUUGGCGAUUUCGGGUUCGAAAUCUCAUCCGUUCGUCUGCGACGUACCGACAAGAAACUCUUCAAGGGCUCAGUCUUCGUCGAGUUCGCCAGCCCUGAGGAGGCCAAAAAGUUUUUGGAGCUUGACCCCAAGCCCAAGUGGCAAGAUCAUGACCUGAAGAUCAUGUCCAAGAUUGCCUAUUGUGAAGAAAAAAAUGAGCAAAUCAGGGCCGGCGUCAUCAAGCCAUCCGAGAGACAGGCCAAGUUCUAUGAGGGCAAGGUCAGCGGGGCUCGAGGUGGACGAGGCAACUCUAGGGGCGGCAACGGCAACUUCAACAAGCGGGAGGGUGGCGACAAGAAAGACUUUGGGGGCAGGGGAGGCCGUGGUGGCCGUGGCCGGGGUCGUGACAAUGGUCGCGGCCGGGGUCGUGGUGCGCGGGGAGGUAGCCGUGGUGGUUUCCGCGGAGGUCAGCGUGAUGGCGAGAAGGAGGCUCCAAGGGAAGCCCCUAAGCCGUCCAAUGGCAACGAUGUCAAGCCCAUGAUCCAUUCCAGCGCUCCCUCGACCAACGGCAAACGAGCAAGAGACUCUGAUUCUUCCGCCCAGGAACCGCCUGCCAAAAAGGUUGACACCGGGUCGUCAUGA